AUGGGCGUGGGCAUGGUCGGCGCCAGCAUGGGCAGCGGCGGUCCGGGCGCCCGCCGUGGCAGCGCGUCGCAGUCGGGCUCGCUGCACUCUUCAGGCACGCCCCGGACGCCGAUGUCUGCUGAGUACGCGCAGGCGCUGCAGCGCAACAGCCAGCGGCUGCUCGACGCUGUGGCGUCGAGCGCGAGCAGCGGCGUCGGCGGCAGCGCGGAGAACCCCGUCCCUCUGCCAGAGCAGGAAACGCUCAUGUUGCCGCUCGCGGCGCUGCCCGAGGCAACGCCCGGCGAGCGGGUCAAAGCGGCCGCCAGGGCGGCAGCGCAGGCCGGCGAGCUGCCGCCGGAAGCGGGGGAGGAGGGGCCGCGCGAGGCGCGCCGCCGCAACGCGUCGGCCGCUGCCGCCAAGGCCGAGGCGGAGGCCGCGGCCGCCGAUGGCGCCGGCCCAGCGGCUGAAGGUGGCGCGUCUGCGGCCGCGGCGCUGGCUUGCGCGGCGUCGGGCGCGCUCGGCGGCGACGACGCGGCGCCCGGCGGGGCGGCGCUCGGGGAGGACGCGUGCACUUGCCCGCCAUAUGCCGUCAAGGCGACCUGCGGCAAGCGCCCCAUUAUGGAGGACACGUAUGCGCUGUGCCCGAACAUCUGCGAGCUGCCCAUGCGGCCGAUGACGCGCGACGGCGCCCCCGACAAGCUGCCGCAGCGAAUCGCCGUGAAGCUCGCCGCCAACGGGGCCCCCGCAUGCCCCGAAGGGGCGCAGGCGGCCGCCGCCGCGGACGGCGCCGCGGCCCACGUCGCCCCCCACGACCUCCUCGCCGCGCUCGCCAGCAGCGGCGGCACCUUCAGCUCGCCGGUCGAGGCCGCGGCGGCGCCCCUGGAGAAGCUGCACUUUUUUGGCGUGUACGACGGCCACGGCGGCAUCCAGGCGUCGCAGCACUGCGCCGCGCGGCUGCACCACCACCUCAGCGCGUGCCUGAGGGACAUGGCGACCGAUGUCCUGGGCCACGCGCCGGCGGACGGCGCCGAUGCGGGGGGGCGCCCCGAGGCGCGAGACGCUGUGGCGUGGCGCGGCGCAGUCGUGCCCGAGGUUCAGUUCGUGCCGGUGUGCCGUCCUGAUGGCUCCUCGCCCCUUCUGGGAGGCGCGGACGACUGCUUGAUCGCGGCCGCUGCUGCGGCCGCCGCCGCCGCAGAGGCCCGCGUAGGCAAACUGGUGCCGGUGUCGUCCGCGCCCGAGGUGUCGCCCGAGGACGAGGCCGCCUUGCGCGCCCUCAGUCGCGAGAGCAGCGCCGCCGACCGCGACGCUGACGGCGAGGCCGACGGCGAGGGCGGCGCGGAGGGCGGCGCCGCAGGCGCCGACGCGAGCGGCGGCGGCGACGAGGACGUGAGCGCGGAUGGCAGUGAGGAGGGUGGCAGCACCAGCAUGUGCGUGCUGCUGGAGGAGGCGCUGCGCGAGGCCUUCCUCAAAACGGACGCGGAGUUUGCCGCCGACGGCACCGCGGGCCUCGUCGGCAGCACGGCCGUGUGCGCGCUGGUCGGCACGCACCGCGUCUGGAUCGCCAACUGCGGCGACUCGCGCGCGGUGCUGUGCCGCGGCGGGCAGGCGGUGCAGGUCACGGAUGACCACAAGCCGGAGCGCGAGGACGAGGCGGAACGCGUUGAGAAGGCGGGCGGGCAGGUGCUUUACUGGAACGGCCACCGCGUGAUGGGCGUGCUGGCCAUGAGCCGCGCCAUUGGGGACCACUGCCUGAGGCCCUACGUCAUCCCGGAGCCAGAGAUCACUGUCUUCAAGCGCCACUCCAAGGACGAGAUCCUGCUGCUCGCCAGCGACGGCCUGUGGGACGUCAUGCCCAACCAGGAGGCCGCUGACCUGGCGAUGCGCUGCAUCCGGCGAGCGCGGGACAAGGGGGCGUCGCCAAAGGCGGCGGCGCGCGUGGCGGCGACCAUUCUGACCAAGGCAGCCGUCGACCGCGGCAGCCGCGACAACAUCACGGUGAUGGUGAUUGACCUGUCCCGCAGCGCAGGCGGGGCGCGCGGCGGUGGCGACGACGAGGACGACGAGGCACCGCGGCGGCCGGCUGGGGGCCGGCUGGCCGCCGCAGCGGCCGCGGCAGAGGCGGCGAUCACGGGCGGGCGCCGGCCGACCCCGCAGCGCAUUGUAGGUGAGGCUUCCGUGGCGGCGCCCCCAGUGGCGCACCAGGAGCAGCGGCAUCAGCAGCAGCCUGGCUUGGUUCAGGAGGUGAGCCUCAUUGCGCCCGCUGCCAAAGCAGCGUCGAGGGCUCCCGUGGACCCUGCCGGCCCAUCUGCCGCCACUGAGCGCUCGGGCGGCGGCGUGGGCGGCGCAGGCACCGCGCACGCGCCCGUAGCAACCCAGCCGCCGGAGCUGCAGCAGCCGUGCGGCGGCGACGCAGGGCCGUUUGCGGCGGCGGCGGCGGGCGCGACGCCCUCGUGUCGCGCGACCUCGCCGGACCGGGACGCAGCUGAGGCACUGGGGCUGACUGUGGACCGGCAGGCCAGCUCGUCUCCGUUUGGCGCGUGCAACCUCGAGCCGUUCGACAAUUCUGGGGCUGCCACC